GGCUGGGAUGAGCUGGGGGGGCUGGUGGGAGUUGGACUUAAAUUCUAAUUGGGGGGAGAAAAUUCUAAUUUGAAGGAGAAAAUUUUAAUUGGGGGGGGGACUUUAAUUGGGGGGAGAAAAUUUUAAUUUCAGGGAGAAGAGUUUAGUUGGGGGAGAAAAUUUUAAUUGGGGGGAGAAAAUUUUAAUCUCAGGAAGAAGAUUUUAAUUGGGGAAGAAAACUUUAAUUAGGGGGAGAAAAAUUUAAUUUGGAGGAGAAAACUUUAAUUGCAGGGAGAAAAUUUUAAUUUGGGGAGAAAAUUUGAAUUGAGGGGAGAAAAUUUGAAUUGAGGGGAGAAAACUGAUGUCCUCUGAAAACCUACAGCUCCUCUUUUAAAAAAAAAACAAAGUGGUUUUGAUUCAAGACACCAACUUCAAAGAAACCACACACACUCACCCCCUCCCCGCUACGGUCUCACCCUGCUGUUUUCCACCACGGGAAACGCUCGUCCCCUCAAAUUUAUGACGAUUAUUUUCCCCAACGUCGUUCUUUGCGCGUUGACAUUUUGAUUUGUAGCACCCCUCCCCUCCCCGGGUGCAAAAUGAAUGUUAUGGGGGUAGAAAUGAUAUUUUCUGCAACGAUUUCCCACCUCCGCCUGCGCUCAGGUGUUGCUGACAACCCAACGGGCAGGCUGAGGACGGGCAGCCUUCGGGACACCGCUGACGGGGGAAACUUUGCUUGGCCGGGGAGGCGGGAGCACCGGCGGAGCUGCAAGCCCCCAAAUGAAGGAAACAAGGGAUUAUUCCGGAUUUGGGGGUGCAGGAAGGCGGAAGCAGGCAGGUUACAGCCUUGAGAUGAAGCCAGAGGUGCGCGUUGCCUGUCAGGUGAUGAUAGCAGCGCUGUUCAUUGUUCUGCUCAUCACGGCCACCGCUUUCGCAGUGCAGGCUUUUCAGCCUCAUCCCCAACCCUGUUUUCGGUGUCCGUUUGACUGGAUCGGCUACAGAGGAAAAUGCUACUAUUUUUCGGAGGCUGAGGGGAACUGGACAUCCAGCCAGGACAACUGCUCAGCACUCGGUGCUUCCUUGGCCAUGCUCAACAGCGUGGAGGACUUGAGCUUCGUGAUGAGGUAUAAAGGUACCUCGGAGCAUUGGAUUGGUCUUUCCCGGGAAGACGAGGAGCAACCGUGGAAAUGGGUGAACCACUUGCCUUUAUCUCACCUGUUUCAGGUCGGUGGCAGCGGCCUCUGUGCCUACCUGAACGACAACGGGCUCAGCUCCUCCCGCUGCAGCACCGAGAGGAGCUGGGUUUGCAAUAAGCCUGAGCUGCAGAGCCCAAGCAAGGGGAACAGGACGAGACGGGCUCAAAAUCUUUGCAUCAGCUCCUAAAGGGGCUGCAGGGAGCACUCCUCAAACACGAAUACCCACUGCACGGGAGGGAAACAAAAGAAAACCUCCAGAAAACCCCACAGAAAAAGGAAACUCGGAGGGGAAAAAAGCCUCUGGCCAAAAAUUGCCGAAUGUGAAGCUAUUUUUGCAUUUGCCAGCUCAACUUUGCUGUACGACCGGUGAAAAAUUUCCAGUGGUUACUCAGAGCAGCCCUGCAAUUCGUGCCUGGUGAUGAGUUAUUCAUAACCCCACUGCAGUUAAAUGUCAGACCAAGAGGAAAGCCCCAGCCGUACCAAUGACCCCGGGGACGAUGGCGGGAGGGUGAAGCUUAGCGAGAUGGCUGCAGCCUUGCACGGUGCAACCAGAAAAAUAGGGAAACGCCACAGGAUUUUUGCUCUUCCCACUUUUUGUGGGGUUAAAAGCAGCGACCGUCAGGCUUGGUUGGCUGAGAAAAGCUUCUCAAAACCUCACAAGUGUGUGGAAAUGCUGCAAGGAUGGACAACGCUUGCGAGACCUCCAGGAAUUUGCUGCUCUCGUCUUCGGGAAAGCCCAAGCUCCAAAGCAACCGAGUCAAGCUGCGACCUUCCGUGGCUCUGUAUCAAGAGCAAGAUGAAGGUGAAAAGGCUUCCGCGCAUCAAAAAUCAGGUUAUUCUCUCCGAAGGGGUGGGGCCAGGAUCAGGGAGGAGCUGCCAAGUCGAGGUCAGAGUGACCAGCUCCAAGUGGUUGGAGCGAGAAGGCGCCAUCUUCACCUCAACAUGCCAGUGAGGUCAGAGAUAGAAGCCAGCAAGGUUUUUAAAGACAAGGAGGAGGAAAAGAAAAGUUUUUCAUGGAACACCGUGUCCAGGGAAGACUUCUGAGCAGGUCAUCUUGAUGAAAGCUGACACAUCUGCAUGGACAACCAUGUCCAGGGAAGGCUUGAUGAGCAUUUCAACGCAAGGGCCGUCGGUGAAGGCGUAAACACGAGGACAGUAGAAUUUCAGAAGCAGUUUUGGUUUUAGUGGUGUUCAGCAGCAAUAGCUGAAUGAUCCAGGUUUUUUCCCCUGGACUGAUGAAAUCCUUUGGUUUCUCCUCUUUAGGAUUUGGUGGCCAUUGCCUUCUCAGCUCUCCCAGCAACACUUCACAAAAGUGAGGGUUUUUCUUCGGGGGGGCAGGAUUAUGGAUGUCCUUGGCUUGCAGGGUUGGCCAUUCCAUCUCCUGGGAUCAACAGGGUUUACCCCAGCGUAGCCCAGACCCCAAGGAAACCUUUCCCACUCCCCCUCAUCCACCCUCACCCUACAAAAGAACAACCUGCAGAUCAGCUGAUAUUUGAGCAACACAUAACACUUGAUGACGACUGAACUUAAUAAUUUUUUAAGGGAUUUAAUGCACCCUGGAGCUGCUUGCAAGAUUUUCAUAGGCCAAGACAGCCUGAGGGCAGCAUUGGAGAAUCGACGAGCAAACAAAUUAGCAAAGACUUCGUAAUUACUCCUGGAAAACGGAGCCAAGCUGAACCUGGAGUAGGGCGCCACCUAUCACCCUGUUGUUGUCAUUAUUAUUAUUUUUGCCUGUGUGAGUCAAAGAACUAUGCCGAGAGCUCCAGCCUAUUCUCUUCCCUUGGUACGUCCUUCAAAUAUUGUAGAAUCACAGAACCAGGGAAUGGUUGAGGUUGGAGAAGCCCUUGAAGCUCCCCCAGCCCAACCG